AUGGAAACAAGAGUUAAACGGCAAGUUGUUUUAGAAGAUGGUAAAAUCGUCGAAGAUUCUGGACCUGUUGUGACAACAAACACAACCGAAGAUACAGAAAAACAAGAACACAGUCAAACAGAGCAUCGAACGUUAGGAGAUGAUAAUAAACCUGGAGAAACUUGGGUUUCUUUACCACAAGUUCCUGGUUCGAUAAAAGAAGUUAAAGAAAAAACAGUUAAAACAAGAGAAGAAAUCGAAGAAAGAACGGAAACGGAAGACGUUCAACAUUUAGGAGACAUUUCCGACGAAGGAUACAUGACGGCGGUUAAAUCAGGAUCCGAAGAUGUCCGACACGCUUUAGAAGUUGUUUCAAAUAAAAAAGAUUUGGUUCAAUUUGCACCUAAAAUAAUUCAUCAAAGUUCAAAGACUAAAAAAUUUAUUGAUACGGAAGAUACGACGGAAUUAAGUCAAAUUCAACCGGAUGGAAAAUUGGAAGAUAAGGAUGUUUCAGACGACGAUAGUUCAAACAUGUCGAGCAUUUGCGAAGCGAGUAAAAAAGAAAAUUAUCAAAAAUUUAAAAAAACAAAAGAACAGGAUUUAACGGAAUAUUUAUCGAACGGUAAAAAAAUAGGUGAAAAACUUCAUUAUCAAAAUGAAACAUCGGAAGCGGAAAAACACGGGGAUAAUUUUACAUUUAACGACGAUGAUAAUAAUUCUUUGGCAAAAUUAAAAAAUAUUAAAAUGAGAUAUCAAUCGAAAAGUAAAUCCCCGUUGGAAAAUCAACCGUCAAACAGUUUAAAUUAUUAUAAAAAAAAAUUACAUAAUUUAAAUAGCGAAGAAGAAACGAGAAAGGAAGAAACGUCAAAAUGGUUGGAACAUCAUUUCGGAAGCGAAUCCACAAAAUCAUCGAAAGGUUCACAGGAUAAUUUAGAUGACAUAGUUCCCUCCUCUCAAAAUAGUUUUAUUAACGUAACAAUGAAAUCUCAAUUAUCUAAAAACGUACCGAGAACAAAAUACAUAAUGAGUUCAGAUGACGAAGAUGAUUUAAAUAAUUAUUUAAAUGAUAGAGAACCUUAUCAUUCGUACACUACGAAAAAUGACAUAAAAUACGAUAGAAAUUACGAAUUGAGGGAUACAAGAAUCGAUCCGAUUGUUAGAACUGUAUCUCCUCCAUCUUACCCUAAAACCCAUAGUCCGUACCAGACGAAAUACCAAAAUAAAAGUGUUUACUAUGGAAUUCCAUUAACGAAAACUGAAAUAGAUGAUGAUUAUUCUUAUCAUCAAAACGAUGAUUCCGAUGGACAGUAUCAUCCUACGAUCACGAGGCAAUAUUUAUCGGUUUCUCCUCAGAGAUCGGAUCCCUACGUGCAAUUUUCAAAUGACGAAAGUAUACAUUCGUAUCAUUACGACGAUAACCGCGAUGAAAGGAUAAUUAAUAAAUACGAGGAUGACGCGAGGAGGUACGACGAUGGUAAAAUAAAAAAAGAAUACGUUCACGACACGACAUAUUUGAAUAACAUACAAAAACAAGAUGGGAUUAGGUAUCCGACACCAACGGAUGAAGAAUUAACAACGUAUCGGGUUCCAUUGAAUAAAAAACUUUACCAAAGAACACGUUUUGCAGCCGAUAUUCCACCGCCUCCUCAACCUAAAUCCCAGCAGCAGCAGCAACCGCAACAAUCAACGACUAAAUCCAAAAGUAAAAUUGGAGAAAGUUUUCGUAAAUUAGUUGGAAAAUUAAGAUCGAAUAGUAACGAUCGAAAAAGUAAAAAACGAUUAAAAAGUAAUAACGAAUCAAGAUCCCCUUCACCGAAGGAAAACACGUAUCAAAAUUAUAAUUCUCUGGAUAACUACGGCGCUUUAGUUAAUAAAAGCGAUACGGAAGAACCAGUUGCACCGCCGAGAACAAAACAUAAUCAAAAUCGAUCAAAGGAAGAAAAAACAAAAUUCGUACAACGUUAUUAUUUAGGAGAGGAUCCAUUUUCCGAAUCAAUAUACGGAAAGGAAAAAGGUUACGAUGAAAAUGUUUUACCGGGAAAAAAAUUUAACGAAAAAGAAAAUAAAAAAUCGGAAAAUGAUUUUAAAUCGAGAACUCUCGGAAGACUUAGUAAAUCAACGGGUCGAUUAUUUAAUCCUGGACCUGUAGAAAAUCACGUGAUACAAGAGAAAAAAGGUUUUCAAACACUUCCAAGAAAAUUUUUUAAUGAUAGCGAAAAAGAUCCACUUUCCCACACUAGAAGUCUUAUUAACGUUUCCUUUGUGAACACACCUUAUAAUACGCAGACAAUGGAAACAUCUAGAGGAUAUGGUGGAUUGUCUGGAGAACCUCCUGCCAAACCGGAAAGAACGUACAGAUCGAAUUUAUUAAGGAGUCAAAGUUUUAACAGUCAUUCGGGACCAAAUAAUUUAUAUAAACCUAAUCAAUAUCGUCACGAUAUUCAAGAAUCUCCCCCACCAUUACGAAGUCCGAGCAUGAUUUAUCGUUGGAGUCAAAGUUCUAAUUAUCUCGACGACGAAAAACUUAAAAUUCCAGACAAUGGUAGAAACACUUUACAUCAUCCUAGAAAACAAUGGCCUAAAAGUAAAUCGCCCACUCAGGAAAUUCGCGAAAGCAUAUUUAAAGAAAUGAAAAAAACGGAUCGGUUUAGAGAAAAUAAUCCACCGCCUUCUGGUAAAUCUCUUCAGUUGAACAUAAUAAAACCGCAACAUCCGAAAAAUUCACCGCUAACGAAAAAAACCGUUUUUCAAGAUGGCAACACGAUAAAAACAAUAUCGAAAGAAAGUUUUGGAAACGACGAUGAUUAUUCCGAAACUGUGACGAUCGAAUCGAAAUCCGAUGACGUUUUAAAUCCGUCCGAAACGAAUACUGUGAAAAUAUUUAGCAAGAAAAAAAUACCAUUAAAAAAUGGUCACGCAAUGGAAACUAUUGAAAGUAGCGAGACGAAAACUAUCGUCAAAAGUCAAGGUCCUAGACAGAAUUUAGAUAGUAAUCGCAUAUUAUAUAAUUCCAGUCCGAACGGUGUAGUAAUAAAAGUUAGGAAGGGAGAUAAUUAA